AUGGCUCUGGCUAACCUCACAUCCCACCCAGAGAUCUUCCUCCUUGGUUUGAUGGAUGACACAGACAGCCACCCACUGCUGUUCCUAUUCUUCCUUAGUGUUUACCUGCUCAAUGCCCUGGGCAACCUGAGCAUGGUCAUGCUGGUGAGGUUCAACAGGGCUCUGUGCUCCCCCAUGUAUUAUUUCUUGGGUCACCUGAGCCUGGUGGAUGUCUGCUUUACCACGGUUACUGUCCCUCAACUGCUGGCCAGCCUGCUCCACCCUGGCCAGGCCAUGUCCUUCCAGGCCUGCUUUGCACAGAUGUACUUCUUUGUGGCCCUGGGCAUCACUGAAAGCUAUCUCCUUGCAGCCAUGUCCUAUGACCGUGCAGUGGCAGUCUGCAGGCCAUUGCACUACAGUGGGGUCAUGACGCCCUGGCUUUGUGCUUGGCUGGUCGUGGCAUCCUGGAUCGUGGCCAACCUGCACUCGUUGCUCCACACACUGCUCAUCUCUGCACUCUCCUACCCCCGCUAUGCUCCAGUGCCCCACUUUUUUUGUGACAUGAUGGUGAUGCUCAGCUUGGCGACUUCAGACACAUCCUCUGAGGAGAAUGCAAUCUUCUCUGAGGGCCUCACAGUGGUGCUGAUCCCGCUGCUCCUUGUGUCCCUCUCUUAUGCACACAUCCUGGUGUCAGUGCUAGGAGUGAGAUCAGCGAGUGGCCGAUGCCGAGCCUUCUCUACCUGCGGGACUCACCUGGUGGUGGUAUCACUUUUCUUUGGCUCUGUCCUCUCUGUCUAUUUCCGGCCAUCUUCUGCCUACUCAGCCAGCUAUGACCGUUUUGCUAGCGUGGUCUAUGCAGUGGUCACACCGACCUUGAACCCUUUCAUCUACAGCCUUAAAAACAAAGAGGUAAAGGGUGCUCUAAAGAGGGGGUUUAGAUGCAGAGCUGUACCCAAAGCUGUGUAA